AUGACGGUACCGCAGCUGGAAGACGAACUAGAAAACCUCACUGCAGUGGCAGUAGUUGAUGAUUCGAAUUCCGUCGAGAAGCCAAAUUUGAAAGGAGAUUGGUUGAAUUUUUUCCUAUUAUUGUUGCUGUAUACGAUGCAAGGCAUACCGUUUGGUUUAGCAUCAGCAAUGCCGAUAAUUUUGCAAAGCAACAAAAAUGUGUCUUACAAUGAUCAAGCUCUAUUCAGUUUAGUUGCAUGGCCGGAUAGCUUAAAAUUGAUAUGGGCCCCUUUGAUAGACUCGCUAUACGUACAAAAUAUGGGAAGACGAAAAUCAUGGCUCAUACCAGUUCAAUAUUUAAUGGGGGCAUGCUUCAUUUAUAUGGCCGGCAAUAUUGACGAAUGGUUGCCAGAAACUCAAAAGCCGGACAUACUUAAAUUGGUAUCCGUAUUUUUCUUUACAAACUUCUUGGCCUCCACUCUAGACAUAGUCGUCGACGGUUGGUCACUGACAAUGCUCAAAAAGAAAGUGAAUAACGUAGGCUAUGCAUCUACAUGCAAUUCAACCGGUCUAGUGUUGGGCAUGAUGAUGAGUUAUUUGUUUUUCGUCUUGUUGACGUCGGAAGACUUCAGCAACAAGUACUUACGGAUUAGUCCAGAUGUGGGAGGAUUGUUCACUAUGAAAAGUUUAUUCUAUAUCUUGGGCAUACUUUUUAUAUUAAUAACUACAUUGAUUGCAAUUUUUAAAAAAGAAAAAGAUAGUAGAUUAGAGGACGACCAUGUAAAACUCAACAUUAUUCAAAACUAUUUACUACUAUGGGACAUUUUAAAACUACCUAGUAUUCAAAUAUUGGCACUAACAUUGUUGACAGCAAGGAUUGGAUUUGCUGCAACUGACAGUCUGGCUGUUUUAAAGCUCAUUGAUGCAGGAGUACCAAAAGAGAACAUCAUGGUUAUAAACACAACAAUUUUAGUUGUAAAAAUUACUGUGCCACUUGUUGUAGCGAAAUACACUUCUGGUCCAAAACCUUUGAACAUAUACCUAACAGCAACAACCAUCAGGUAG